CGAACCUCAGAUGGACAAUAAAUGGGUUUCCUAAGCAAUGUGGAAGUUUUUGCCUUCGCCUUGGCUUUAUUUCUAAUGACACUUGCCGCCUUGGUCAUGAAUUUCCUGGUUUGUUUAGUUGUGUACAGAAGCAAGGAACUCCGACGACAUAUAUCCAGCGUAUUUAUUGUAAAUCUCGCAAUCUGCGACUUUUUCAUGGCUGUUUUUGCGAUGCCUUAUUCAUUCGGAGCAAUAGUGGCGGACAAAUGGCCAUUUGGAGGGUUUUGGUGUCAAACAAGCGCGUUUUGGAAUAUGGUAUUAGGCCUCGCGGCGGUUUUAACACUGGCUACAAUUUCCGCGGACCGCUACAUUGCAGUUUGCAAACCUCUACAAUACAGAGCUAAAAUGACUGUCCAAAUGGCUCUGACUAUGAUCUCCUUCGUUUGGUUACAAUCCAUCAUAUUUUCCUUAAUACCCAUUGGAUUUGGCUGGUACGAAUUUAACUUUCGAUAUUUUUUCUGCACUUUUCCGUCUGACCUAUAUGAAGUAAACUACCUGGUUUUUACAGGAGCAACCUACGCCGCUAACGCAGGACUUUCGCUGCUGGUCAUGUUAGUGACUUACUACAGAAUUUUCAACGUGGCGAAGCUGCAUUCUCGCAGGAUUGGGCAUGCUGUAAUCACCGCGGUCCAUCUCGCGCCGGUACGCGGACCUGUAGCGGCUACCGAGACCAGCCGGCAGCGAGAGUUCAAAGCUGCGAGAAAAAUUCUCUUCGUCAUCGGCGCGUUCUUAUGCUGCCUUGCGCCGUACACCACGCUUCGUAUUCUUGAACUGGGCAACGGCGGAUUAUCGCUUAGCCACACUGUAACAAUCGCAUUGAGGUGGAUCGCCUUUCUAAAGAGUGCUAUUGAUCCUUUUAUUUACGGACUUUUGCAGAGGCGAUUUCGGCGCGCUUUGCUGGAAUUAUUUCUUGGGACGCAAAGAGCUCGGUUAGCGCGUGGCUCGCUGCCUUGUGGACACGUACGACUGAGUGUCCGAGCAAAAAGACAGUCAUCACAGAGCGAGACGGGGACAUUUGUGACCGUUGCUACAAAAAGAAGCUCAAUCGAGUGAACAGAUGUGAAAUUAUCAGUUGAAGUUUAAAUUUUGCAAUUGCGAUCUUUUAGUACCGAAGGCGCCCUGAUCUUUUAAACGCCCAACAAAUCGAACAAAACUAGCGGACGCAAACAAAAAUAACGAUUUAUUUGGCAAUAUUACGUAGGGGGGCAUUAAAUCUUGAAGAGCAGAAAAGCUCUGCACCCAUUUGUAAUUACGCGUGGCAGCGAGUUUGUUUAUCUCUAUUUGAGUUUACAUAGCUGGAAAUGAAAAGGAUUUUUUUUCAAUUAUAUAGAUUUCUGAAAACCUGUCAUGGUCCGCAACACGGCUUUUUUUCACUUGUAAAUAUAUUUUCUUUCUUUUUUGUACUUUUGCUUCAAUCUCAUGCUGGCAGAUGAGCAAGCUACAAAUAGAAGUGACACCAAAAAAACCCACUCUGUCCAUAGUCCGGAAAGGCGAAAAUUUAAGUAAACACGAGAUUGCAAACAAUAAAACUCGUUCUUGAUAGAUGGUUUUAAUUACUUCGGCCGGCCUUUUUCGCGGUGAAAAACAGUCCACCAGAGUCAAGGCCAACGUAAUUGCAUCAAAUUAAUAUGGGACACAAAUUCUUUCCAGAAAACAACAAGAUCUGUUAUUGUAUUAUACAAUUCUGAUUCACAACUGGAUUUAUUUGAAAUUGGUUUUAGUUGAAUCUGCGGAGAGCGUUUCCCAAUGGCAUGAUUUUAAAGGUUUUUAACACCGAAAAGAAUAAGUUUACAUUCUUAAUUAUUUCAGUUUCAUUCUUAUGUUUUUAAAUCGUAACACCGUGAAUAAAAUCAGUUUUGACAGAUCAAUAGAUAUGUUUUUGUUUUGCUGAAAAAAAAAAAACAAUAAAUAUACGCAGGUUUCGUAAUAAAUUGAAAUUUUGUCGUCUUUUGUCACAAUAAAACUGAUAAUCUACUGAACUACAAGCUAAUAACUAUAUUAUACCGGACAUUCUUUGCAAAAGCAGCCGAAGAGAAUUUUUGGCGGUAUUUUUUCAUAGAUGAAGAAAGCCUUUCUUUUAGAAAUUAUUUUUUAGCCCUGAUGUAACCUUGAUUGAUGCCUCAAUAAAAUGAAACCCCUAAACAUAA